UAUUGUAAUAAAACUACAUGUUUAGAUUGGUGUUCAAUAUCUAUUGACAAGGUUAUCUUUUUAGUGUUUCUUAAAGUGUUCAACAUUUGAUAUCAUACUAACAAGUAGUAUACCAUUAUGCUGAUUUUUUUUUUAGUAUUUAUUAUUUUAUGGUCAACUCCAGUGUGUUCUGUUCCUGAGCAAAUCGACAUCACUCAAUUCUCGGCCAAUGACAUAAGCAACCUCUAUCUAAGCGACAGCUUUUCAGAUGUUUUUUUGGUUGUGGACGGAGAACGACUUCCCGCCCAUCGUAGUUUAUUAGCCUCAAGCAGCAAAUAUUUUAAGGGCUUAUUGUAUGGAGGUCAUAAAGAAACAUAUGACUCGGAGGUGAAAAUAAGCGAAGCACCAGUUACUUUAUUUAAAAUACUUCUUGAGUAUAUUUAUACUGGUCGAAUAAACAUAAGUACUCUUGAGGAUAACGAGGUAUUCGAAUUCAUUAGAAUUUCGGACUUUUUUGGUUUUCCAAAUUUAAAACUUCCAAUAUACGAGUAUUUAAAAAGUAACAUAGAUGUGAACAAUGUGUGUUCAUUCUUUGCUUUUACGCGACGUUAUCCUUAUAAGGAGCUCGUAGACGAAUCACUCAAUUUUAUCGAUAAAAACGCUUUGGAAGUAAUGCAAAAGGAAGAUUUUCUUUCUUUGCCAUCCGAAGCUCUUCAAGAAAUUCUCAAUCGUGACACGUUUUUUGUCAACGAAUUAGUUAUAUUCCGUGCGGUUUGUCGAUGGAUCAAAGAGAAAACCCUGGAUCAUGAUACUAAAAUCAAAGUUUUAUCUGCCGUCAGAUAUCCAUUAAUGAGUAAUGAAGAACUGUCUGAGGCUAGACAAUCACAAGUGGUUAGUUCAGAUAACAUUUCAGAAGCCAUACAAUUUAGAAACACGUGGUCACCAGCUAAUCAUCAAUUUAGAGGACAACAAAAUCCUAAUGUGGACCUUGUUAGUAGUUCACAGAAAUUUCCAUUUGCCGAUGACCAUGAUGGCGGUACUACUAUGAUAAAGUUGCAUAUUCCAUCAUUUAUUAACUAUAUUGAAAUAUCGUUAUGGUUUGAUUAUAUGGUUGACCGUCUAACGGUUUACUCUUAUUACAUUGAAGUUUCAAUGGAUCAGCAAGAUUGGAUACGUGUUCUAGAUUAUUCAAAAUAUAACUGUCGAUUCAUUCAACGUUUGUGGAUUCAACCACGCAUAGUUCGGUAUAUACACUUUGUUGGAACCAACAGUUCUGCUAAUGCGUCCUUCAAAAUUUGGGGAGUCCAGUAUAAAACAAAAAAUAUGCAGAUGGUGGAUAUCGAAAACGGAUUAGUCGUUCCUACCAAUGAUAAUGUCACUUCAAAACAUAGGGGUGCUGGGGUAAUCAAUGGUGAAAGUAGUAUUAAUAAUGGUUCGCUAUUAGAAGACUUCUCAGAACACUACGCGAAGUAUGGAAAAUCCUACUUUAGGUAUGACAGAUACACGUAUCAUCGGCUGGGAUCGGGUUUUAUAUUGGUUCAUCUUGCACAACCGUAUAUACUUAGUUCAAUGAGAUUGCUGCUUUGGGGCGGCAAAGACCAAUUCUACAUUUACAAAAUUGAAGGUUCUCUUAAUAAUCAGGACUGGGAAAUGAUUUCCAACAAAAAUAAGCUGACACAAUCUUGGCAGGUGUUGGAAUUUCUACCUAUACCUGUACUGUACAUUCGUAUUACUGGCAUUUCCAGUUCAACAGGCACAGAUUUUCGUUGUGUGUAUUUGGAGGCUCCUGCUCAAGAAAACAACGAUACAGAUACUACGAUGACAAAUGCACUAACUCAUGCUCUGGUCAUUUAAACCAAACUCCAACUAAAAUCGUCUAUAUUAGUUCGUUGCAGGCUUACCAUG